AUGAAUGAUAAGAAAAGACUUUCUAGUGGGUUAACCGUCACUUCUAAAGUCUUUGUCAUGUCAAGACAUGGUGGGGCUACUAAGAUUGUUAGAGAACAUUAUUUAAGAGAUGAUAUUGUUUGUUAUUCCAAAGCAUGUAAUAAAUGUUCUCUGCUUAUUAAAUCAAAUCCUCAAGGUGAAAUGCCAAAUAUUGCAUUAUCCGAUGUUCCUAAUAAAAUUGAAGGUUCCAGACAUUAUAUAGUGUUGGAUACUAACAUUGUUCUUCAAGCUAUGGAUUUAUUGGAGAAUCCAGCAGUAUUUUAUGAUGUCAUUAUACCUCAAACUGUAUUAGAAGAAGUUAGAAAUAAAUCUUUUCCUAUUUAUCAAAGAUUAAGAACAGUAGUCAAAGCUGAUGAUAAAAGGUUUAUCAUCUUCCAUAAUGAAUUCCAUCAAGAUACUUAUACUGUAAGAAGUCGAGGAGAAUCAAUAAAUGAUAAAAAUGAUCGUUCUAUUAGAAAAGUUGCCAGUUGGUAUCAUUCCCAUUUAAAUGAUAAUAAUUCAUCAUCUCCUAUUAAAAUUGUUUUUGUAUGUAAUGAUAAAGAUAAUAGACAAAAAGCUUUGAAAGAAGGAAUUUAUGCCAAAUCAUUAAGUGAAUAUAUUGAAAUGUUACCUAAUGCUGAUUAUCUUAGAGAAUUAAUACCUAGUGAUAAUAAAUCUUUCACUAUAGCUGAUGAAAUGUCAUAUCAAGAAUAUUAUCCCGAAUCUAGAAUCUUGGGUGGUAUUAAAAAUCAAACAUUGUUUAAAGGAAUUUUGAAUAUUUCAAGAUAUAACUUCUUACAAGGUACAGUUCAAGUACCAAAUUUCAAAAAACCGUUAUUGAUUGUAGGAACUAAGAAUUUGAAUAGAGCUUUCAAUAGUGAUUUGGUAGUAGUGGAAUUAUUACCCAAAGAUAAGUGGAGAACUCCUUCGCUGGUAAUUGUUGAAGAGAAUACGGUAGAUAAUGAUAAUUUUGAAGAUGAUGAAGAAAAUGAAUUUGGUAAUACUAACAGUAUCAUACCCGAUAAAGAACGAUUGUUAUUGGCCCAAGAAGCUUCUAAAGCAAUUAAUUUAGCUUCUUCCGAUAAAAUCAAAGAAGAAGAAAAGUUACAACCAACAGCCAAAGUUGUUGGGAUUGUUAGAAGAUCUUGGAGAUAUUAUGUUGGUCAAAUCAUACCUAGUUCUGUAUCUUCCGACGAUGGUGGCAAUGCAUCGAAAUAUUGUCUUGUUAUGUUAAUGGAUAGUGUCUUACCUAAAAUCAGAAUCUUGACCAGAAAGGGUAAAGAGUUAUUAGGUAAAAGAAUAGUUGUUUCAGUUGAUUCUUGGGACAGUAAAUCCAAAUAUCCUCAAGGUCAUUUUGUUCGUACUUUAGGUGAUAUUGAAAGUGCAGAAGCAGAAACUGAAGCUUUAUUAUUAGAACAUGAUGUUGAAUAUAGACCUUUUGCUACUAAUGUUUUGAAAUGUUUACCUGCCGAAGGUGAUGACUGGAAAGUUCCUGAAAAUUUGGAUAAUGGUGACCCAUUGUUAGCUAAAAGAGUGGAUUUAAGAGAUAAGUUAGUUUGUUCUAUUGAUCCUCCUAAUUGUGUUGAUAUCGAUGAUGCCUUACAUGCCAAAAAAUUACCCAAUGGAAAUUAUGAAGUUGGGGUUCAUAUUGCUGAUGUCACUCAUUUCGUUAAACCUAAUACUGCAUUGGAUACUGAAGGGGCUUCAAGAGGUACUUCAGUCUAUCUUGUUGAUAAAAGAAUUGAUAUGUUACCUAUGUUAUUAGGUACCAAUCUUUGUUCCUUAAGACCAUAUGUUGAUAGAUUUGCUUUUUCUGUUAUUUGGGAAUUAGAUGAACAUGCCAAUAUUGUUAAUGUUAAUUAUAUGAAAUCCAUUAUAAAGUCAAGAGAAGCUUUCAGUUAUGAGAGAGCUCAAAAAAGAAUUGACGAUUCAACUCAACAAGAUGAAUUAACCAAAUCUAUCAGAAUUUUACUCAAAUUAUCAAAGAAAUUGAAACAACAAAGAUUGGAUAAUGGUGCUCUUAAUUUAGCAUCACCAGAAGUUAAAGUUCAUAUGGAUAGUGAAACUUCUGAUCCAGGUGAAGUUGAAAUCAAAGAAUUAUUAGAAACCAAUUCUUUGGUUGAAGAAUUCAUGUUGUUAGCUAAUAUUUCUGUAGCCAAAAAGAUUUAUGAUGCUUAUCCACAAACUGCUAUGUUAAGAAGACAUGCAGCUCCACCUUCUGUUAACUUUGAAAAUUUAAAUGAAAUGUUAAAAGUUAGAAAGAACGGUAUGCAUAUUUCUUUAGAAAAUUCCAAAGCAUUGGCUGAUUCUUUAGAUAAUUGUGUUGAUGAAAAAGAUCCUUAUUUCAAUACUUUAGUAAGAAUUAUGUCCACAAGAUGUAUGAUGGCAGCAGAAUACUUCCCAGCAGGAUCUUUUGGAUACCCUGACUUCAAACAUUAUGGGUUAGCUGUUGAAAUUUAUACUCAUUUCACAUCACCUAUUAGAAGAUAUUGUGAUGUUGUUGCUCAUAGACAAUUAGCUGGAGCCAUUGGAUAUGAAGAUUUAACUUUAAGUCAUAGAGAUAAGAAUAAGAUGGAAUUGAUAGUGAAAAAUAUCAAUAAACGUCAUAGAAAUGCUCAAUUUGCCGGUAGAUCAAGUAUUGAAUAUUAUGUUGGUCAAGUUAUGAAACAAAACGAAAGUGUUCAAGAAGGUUAUAUUAUCAAAUGUUUUAGUAAUGGGAUUGUAGUAUUAGUACCAAAGUUCGGUAUUGAAGGGUUAAUAAAAUUAGAAGAUUUAGGUGAUUCAAAUACUUCAUUGUUCGAUGAAGAAAAAUUCGAAUUGUCAUUUACAGAUUUCCAAAAUCAAAAGAGGAAAGUUGGUGUGUUCGAUAAAGUUACUGUUGAUAUCAAAUCUAUCAAAGAUGAAAUCACUGGUAAAAGAAAAGUUCACAUGUUAUUAAAAUAG